AUGCGUAUUUUAUUCAUCAUGUGUAGUGUAUUUAUUAAUUUAGUUUAUUCAUUACCAUUUUUCACCCAAAUUAGUAGUGUACAUAAAAGAUAUGCAGAAAUAUGUGAGAAUCCAUUAAAUAAAGAUGAAUCAAGUGUAUAUAGUAUAAAAGAUCAUAGGAAAAAGGCUUCUUUAUAUGUUUAUAAACAUAUUAUGAAAAUAAUAUUUUCGAAAUAUGGGAUGGAUUAUAAUGAAAUUGCACUAGUAGAACAUUCUCGUGGUAAACCAACAACUUCUAUUACAUAUUCAGAUUUUUUUAAAAAAGUAUUAUCCUUUAGUCAUACUUUAUGUUAUUAUCAAGGAAAAGGCAUUGAAACAAAAUCAUAUAAGGAAAUACAGAAUAAUGGUAAGUUUAAGUUGUUAGGUUUGUAUGGUAGUAAUUCUAUUAAUUGGAUAGUUUCUGAUUUCGCAUCUAUGAUUAGUGGAGUUACCACAUUAGUAUUGCAUUCCAAAUUUAGUAUUGAUGUAAUUGUAGAUAUAUUAAAUGAAACAAAAUUACAAUGGCUAUGUUUAGAUUUAGAUUUGGUUGAAGGAAUAUUGGAGCGUAAGAAAGAUUUACCUUAUUUGAAAAAGGUUAUAAUAUUAGAUACUUUUAUUACAAGUGAAGAUCUGAAUUUGGAAGGAGAUCAGGAAAGAAAUAUAUCUACUUGUAAUCAAAAUAAUAAAAAAAAAAAAAAAAAAAAUAAAAAUAAUAAAAAUAAUAAAAAAAAAAAUAAAAAUAAAAGAAAUAAUAAUGAAUCAUUUAAUGAAAAAGAAAAUGAUGAAAACAUUUCUUUGCCAUAUGAUAAAGAGAAAAUUGACAAAAUUAAUGCCUUAAAAGGAAAAUAUCGUUAUAAUAGUAUAAAUAUUAUAUUAUUUAAUGAUAUGAUAAAAAAAAGCAUAAGGGAUAUCAAUAUUAAAAAUGAGAAUCCAGAUUUUAUUACAUCAAUUGUUUAUACAUCUGGAACUUCUGGAAAACCAAAAGGGGUUAUGUUAAGUAAUAAAAAUUUUUUCAAUACACUAAUACCCCUUUGUAAUGAUAGUAUACUUGUAAAUUAUUCUCCCAAAGCGCAUUUAUCCUAUUUACCUAUUUCUCAUGUGUAUGAAAGAAUUCUUGUUUACCUUUCUUUUAUGAAAGGCAUUAGGAUAGAUAUAUGGAGCAAGGAUAUGAAUUAUUUUUCUGAGGAUAUUUACAACACAAAAGGAAAUAUAAUAGCAGGUGUACCCAAAAUUUUUUCAAGAAUGUAUACAAAUAUUAUGAGUGAAAUAAAUAAUUUACCAUUUUUGAAAAGAUGUAUGGUGAAGGGUGUUUUAUCAUUAGGUAAAUCUUCUACAUAUAAUGAAUCAUCUAGUAAUUUUCUUGAUAAGCUUGUUGGCGUCUCUUGUAAAAUUAAAGAGAAAAUAAAUCCUAAUUUGGAAGUUAUAAUAAAUGGAGGUGGGAAAUUAUCAGCUCAAAUUGCACGUGAAUUAAGUAUAUUAUUAAAUGUUAAUACUUAUCAAGUUUAUGGUUUAACCGAAACUAAUGGAGCUAUGUUUGUACAAAAGCACAACGAUUUUGACAAUGAUAGUGUAGGGGGACCAAUAGCUCCUACAACAAAAUAUAAAGUGAGAACAUGGGAAAUUUACAAAGCUAAUGAUGCACUACCUAAAGGAGAAUUAUUAGUUAAAAGUGAUUCAGUAUUUUGUGGAUACUUUUUAGAAAAGGAACUAACAGAGAAUGCUUUUACUCAUGAUGGUUAUUUUAAAACAGGAGAUAUUGUACAGAUUAAUCCAAAUGGUUCGUUAAAAUUUUUAGAUAGAUCCAAAGAAUUAGUAAAAUUAUCACAUGGGGAAUACAUAGAAACUGAUAAGUUGAAUAAUUUAUAUUCACAAAUAUCAUUUAUAAAUUAUUGUGUUGCCUAUGGAGAUGAUACUAUGGAUGGACCUCUAGCCAUUAUUUCUAUUGAUAAAAGUUUAUUUUUUAAAUCUUUGAAAAAUAAUAAUAUGCUAGGAAAUACUGGAGUUAAUGAAAAAAAUUAUUUAGAUAAAUUAACUGAUGAUAACAUAAAUAAUAAUAUUUUUGUUGAUUAUGUUAAAGCGAAAAUGAUGGAAGUUUACAAAGAAACAAAUAUGAACAGACACAAUAUUAUUAAUCAUAUAUAUUUAACGUCCAAAGUUUGGGAUACAUAUAAUUAUCUUACACCGACCUUGAAGGUUAAAAGAUUCCGUAUCUUUAAAGAUUAUGCUUUUUUCAUUGAAAAAGUUAAGAAAAUAUAUGAAAACAAAUUGAAAACAAGUAGUACAUGUUGUAACGGAAUAUUAAUAAAUGGAGACAAAAAUGUAGAAAUGAGGAAACAAAGAAAUGAUAAGGAUGAAUCUUCAGAGAAAAAAUUAGAAGAAAAUACAAACAAUAGGAAAUUUCAAAAUCAAAUAAAAGAAGAUCCUAAGAAAUCUACGACAUUAAACCAUAAUAAGGUAAAUGAAGUAGAAUGUAAUAAAUGA